CCCUCCCCCCCGCUACGCGUCCCCCGCGAAACUCCCACCCCUCCUCGCUCUCCCUCUGAGCUGUGGCAUAGCUGUCUUCCUCUCCCCACUUCCACCUCCACUCACCCCCCCCCCCCCCCCCCCCCCUCGUCCUCGCUCCUCCUCCGUCCAUCCACUACCCAACUGCUGCCAAAUCUUAGCGCCGCACCGAGCGGCUCCGUUUGGUUUCCUGGAUUCUUCUGCGAGAAAUCUAGGUGAUUAGAUGAGGACGGCCGCGGUGGUGCUGCUCCUCUGCUUUUUCGCCUUCGCCGGCAGCGGCGGGGGCGGUGCCGUAUGGGCGGAAGGAGUCAGGGAGACGGCGGCUGUGGAGGUGGACCCUGCCUGGCGGUUCCCUAGCCCGCGGCUGCGGGACGCGUACGUCGCGCUGCAGACGUGGAAGCAGCAGGCCAUCUUCUCCGACCCCAAGAACCUCACCGGCGACUGGGUGGGCCCCGGGGUCUGCAGCUACACCGGCGUCUUCUGCGCGCCCGCUCCGUCGUCGGGCGAGCUCGCCGUCGCCGGGGUCGACCUCAACCACGGCGACAUCGCGGGUUACCUCCCGUCCGAGCUCGGCCUCCUCUGCGACCUCGCGCUGCUCCACCUCAACUCCAACCGCUUCUGCGGCCUCGUGCCCGACACCUUCCGCCGGCUCGUCCUCCUCCACGAGCUCGACCUCAGCAACAACCGCUUCGUGGGCGCGUUCCCCACCGUCGUGCUCCAGAUGCCGUCCCUCAGGUUCCUCGACCUCCGCUUCAACGACUUCGAGGGCGGCGUUCCGCGGGAGCUAUUCGACCGCCCGUUCGACGCCAUCUUCCUCAACCACAACCGCCUCCGCUUCCAGCUCCCCGACAACUUCGGCAAUUCGCCCGUGUCCGUCAUCGUCCUCGCCAACAACGACUUCGGCGGCUGCCUCCCGGCCAGCCUCGGCAACAUGUCCGACACGCUCAACGAGAUCCUCCUCAUCAACAACGGCCUCACUUCGUGCCUCCCGGCCGAGGUCGGGAUGCUCCGGGAGGUGACGGUGUUCGACGUCAGCUUCAACGCCCUCGCAGGGCCGCUGCCGCCACAGGUGGCCGGGAUGCAAAAGGUGGAGCAGUUCGACAUUGCGCACAACCUGCUGUCGGGGACCGUGCCGGAGGCCGUGUGCGACCUCCCACGGCUCAAGAACUUCACCUUCUCCUACAACUUCUUCACCGGCGAGCCGCCAUCCUGCGCGCGCGUCGUGCCUGCCGACGGCGACCGCCGGAACUGCCUCCCCGACCGCCCCGCCCAGCGCAUGCCGCAGCAGUGCGCCGCUUUCUAUGCCCGCCCACCCGUCGACUGCGCAGCUUUCCAGUGCAAGCCGUUUGUCCCACCUCGGCCACCCCCACCGCCAGCAUACCCCGGCCCGUUGCCACCAGUAUACCCCAUGCCAUACGCGUCGCCGCCGCCGCCUCCACGCUACCGAUGAUUCUUUGGCAAGAGAAGCGUUUGCCAGUUUCACUUUCCCUUGCCGCACCCCUCGACGCCGGUGUGGAAGAGCGAGGGGAGCUCACCGUCACAAAAGUACGUGGUCAUUGUUGUUCGUGGAUUACCAGUUCUUGAUUGAUAGCUACCGGCGUAAAGAAGAACGUGGUGCAUAUAUCCUUUUCUUGUUUUUUUGCAUUGGUUGGUGUCUGUUUUCCGCGUCGUCGUCUUCGAUCCGUUUGCGCGGUGGCGAUGGCGAAAAGGAUUGGAGCAUGGCGAUGGGGAAAUCUGAAAGGUGGGAACAAAUCGAGCUUGGAUUGAUGGCUGCUAAUUGGGUUGUGAAUAAUAAACUGGUUGAGGGAGACGGGUUUAAAGCUGAGAUUGAGAAAAUCCCAUGCUACUCUUGUGACGCGGGAUGUAUAGAAUGUAACUUUGAGUUCGAUUAAGCUCUAGUUGAGGGUCAGAGAUAAGUUUCUACAUCAAGAGAUUUGUCCUACUGAA